UGCUAGACAGGAUCUGGGGAAUUCUCUCCCACCAUUCAAUGUUUUAAAGUAUUCCCAAGCAGCCCCCACAGUUCUUCUGGGCAAUUCAAUCCGUCAGUCUGCUCCGUCAGCACGAUCACUCAUUUUCUUUUUUUCCAGAUUCCAGGCGUUGCAUUCCCCUUUUCCCUAAUUGCCGGCAAAGGGGAGAACUUCAGAGGGAGUAGGAUGAAAAACAAUGGCUGCAUUGUUAUGGUUAGUCCUCUUGAAGAGAAUAAACACCAGGUCAUUUUGUCGUUAAUGAAGGAAGUGAGAGUCAUAAAACCCCCAUGCUUACCCUCCUCCCCUUCCGUAAUAUGACAGAAUCCAGAAGAGAGUAAGAAUUGGUUUUAUAUCAGAGUAGGUAGAUAGAAAUGAAAUAUAAUUGGAAUCUGACAACAAUAUUUGAUAUAUAGGUUACUGCAAUUUAUCUGUUUGCAUGACAAAAUUGAAAGUCAAACUUUUUUUAAGCUUGGCACAUUAUAGGAAUGCAGCCUAUGAGCUUAAUAUAUGACUUAAUAUGUUAUGGGUAGUCCUCAACUUACAACUACAAUUGGAAUGGGAACUUCCAUCACUAAGCAAUGCAGUUGUUAAAUAAGUUGAGCCCGAUUUUACCACCAUUUUUGUUGCGUUCAUUAAGGAAAUCCAGCUUCCCCUAUUGACUUUACUUGCUGGAAGCUAAUGGGGAACAGUGAUCACAUGACCCUGGGAUGCUGCAACCAUCAGAAAUAGAAGCACUUGAAUUUUGAUCAUGUGAUUACAGGGAUAUUGUGAUGGUUGCAAGUGGGAGAUCUGGUCAUAAUUUUUUUCAGCAUUAUCAUAACUUCAAAUGAUUAUUAAACUAAUGGUCAUAAAUUGAAGAUUACCUGUAUUAGAAAACAGAAAUUUGGACUGAAUAAUUCUCAAUUCAAUUAAUUGAGGAUAAGCAUGUUGUUUAACCUCAGUCUUUACCUCCAGUCAAAUCCCAAAAUUUCUCACAGCUGCAUUGCAGGAAUACUGAAUUUUGCUAAUGGAACAGCUUUUUUUCACUUUGAGUAUCCUUUUGGAAAAACCUGUUACACAACUCUAUAGAAUUUCCCAACACACCAUAAUAUAUUACAGAAGAGGAAUGAGACUUAAUAGAGAAUUGUUUCUUUGCAGAAAUUCCUAAUUUGAUUCUGCAACAACCAAUGAUAAAUUGCUUAGGUGAAGCAAUUGAAAAGUAUGAAAGCUAUCAUACCAAUUCAAAACACUUCUGACCAUUUAAUGGUCAGAAAGCCAUACACAUAAGGAGUGAAUGUUUUAUACCCACAUAUGAAUUUUUGAAGCAUAUUAUGUCUCUUCCAGAUCAACUCACAACAAUCUUCUUAAAUUAGUUGGAUCGAGAGUGAACAGCUGACAAAAGUUGAAAUUUGAACAGUGUCUGAAAGAAGUCACCAGCCAUUAAAUGUUUCUAUUUGGACAUUAACCACAACUGCAAAAAGAAACACAUUAAAAAUCAGAAUUUUCCGAGUAUUUUACCAGGCUAAAGAAUUAGAAGGAGGAUGCUCGAUUCCCGAUAGAUGAUACAAUACAGCAGGACAUGAUCUUCAGUUCCAAUAGCCCCUUGGGGGUCAUUAAAACUAUAGUCACCGAUGCGCAGGCACCUCUAUUAAAAGACGAACCACAAAACAGUACAAUAUUUUUUAAGACUCAUUUUUUCCCUUGCCGUAGAUCUCCAAAUUCUCGCCCCGGGAGCAAACUCUAUUACCUCUGAAGCACAUACAAUAAUCUCUCGGCAAUAACUCUACAAGCGCCCUUUCCCUCCAGCCUAAAAAAUCCCAAAUGCGCCACACCCCGUGGAGCUCUCGUCAGCGGGUUUUCUAUUACGGGGACAUGACUCAAUGCUUCUGUCUUCCGUCGCUAGACAUCUUGGGGAGGGGGAGGUUAACAGACAUUCCGUUCGCCCUUUUCAUUGGAGGUCGAUAUCUAGCUGCUUCCAGGGAUUGGUUGGUCGGUUCCUGGAAGGCAGCCCCACAGCUUAGGGGUAGCGCAGUUCACUCUUGUUUUCGCUCAGUCCCCAACUUUGGGUUGUUGCUUUGCGGGUCUUAGUUAAAUAAACGGAGCUCCUAAGAGGGCAAGGAAAAACAAAGCGGAGAACGAAAAGAGGAAGGCGCUUUCUUGGCGCUCACCAGAGAGGCGUUGCAAAGUUUACCUCAAGACUUUGAAAGAGACAGCUAUUCAAAGGCCCUCGAUCGAUUAUGGGGAGACUCGCCCUUAGCCUCUCCUUAGCGCUUCUGCUGCUGGCGGUCCUUUGCAGAGGUGAUGGCUUCAACUUAGAAGAUGCCAUAGAUGGUGGCGAUGAUUCCAAAAAAACAACAGCACCACCUCCUCAGCCUAAACCUGGAAGUCAUGGCAACAGUGGGGGAUUUGAAGAUUCAGAUUUAUUAGAUGGUAACUUGCCACCUGAGAAUCCACAAUCAGGUGGGGACGAUUCUGGCUCCGCUGGAGCUAAAACAGUCCAAAGAACAAACUUCAGUGAUGCCGAGGACAUCCUUUCUCAAGUUCUCCAGAAGCUGGAUGACUUCUUCAAAAAAUGCUGCCUCCAAUCAAGCCUAACAAAAACAAAAGUAGCUACAUUCCAUGUCAGCAAUAGGUAUGCAAAUUACUAUCCUUCAGUGAAAUUCCAGAACUGUAUUUUACAAUGUAAUAAUUAUCCAAAGUACCUGGCAUAACACUGGAGAGAUCUGACAACACUUAGAAAAACAGCUGCAAAAUUGAAAACCUGCAACAAUUUACUGAACAGAC